AUGCAUACUUCAAAUGGCAAAGAUAAACCAAUAUGGAUUGCUGAGAAUACUGGAGUGUUCACAUUGGCUUCAGCUAGGCAGUUCUUCAGAAAGAAAAGGCAAAAAAAUUGGAUCAACACCAUGAAUUGGCAGAAAGCUGUCCCUUUCAAAAUGCGUUUUCUAGUGUGGAGGGCUCUCAGGGACAGGGUACCUACUGAUGCAAAAGUCUCUAAAAUGGGAAUUCCUAUCCAAACUGCUUGUCCUUGUUGUAAUUUUCAAACUCUUGAAAGUGUGGAUCCUCUUUUUAGCACUGGUAAGUUUGCAAGUGACGUAUGGAGAACAGUGGUAUGUCCUUUUGGUAUAGCUUGUUUUAACAUGCCCUUCAAACAAGUGAUGAUUAACUGGUGGAAGUCUGACAACUCAAAUCCUGUUCAAACCUUCUUGGCUAGAUGCCUGCCUAUUAUUGCUACAUGGGAAAUUUGGAAGGCCAGAUGCUCUUCUAAAUAUGACAAAGUGAAGCCUAAUGUAAAUAGGACUUUGAACUUGAUAUCCUUCUCUAUGGCUCAGCUGGUUAAUCACAUGUUUCAGAAAAUUAAUGUUGAGCAUAGAUGGGAUAUUGUAGGGGUGUCUAUGUGUGGGGGAGGUGGCUCAGUUAGGAACUCCUCUGCUAGUGCCCUCUCAUAUGGUCUUAAAUGGUGCAUUGCUAAUGGUUUUACUCAUAUAAAGGCUAAAAGUGAUUCAAAGUUGCUGGUGAACUGUGUAAAUGGUGUUAAUGUUGGUCCCUGGAGGAUUGCUAAAGAAGUACAAGAGCUUAACUAUGCCAUGAGACAAGUUAAUGUCUCCUUAAGCCAUUGCUUUAGGGAAAGUAAUCAGGUUGCUGACAAAUUAGCUUCUCUUAGUCACAAUUUCUCUGAGACUAAGGAGUAUCAGAACUUUGCAGCAUUGCCAGCUGAGGUUAAAGGUUUACUUAACACGGAUAGAUGGAGUCUUCCAGUCUUCAGGAUCUCCAACAAGAAGAAGCACAACAUCACUUUCAAACCCCAUCGAUCAUACGUUCAUUCUGAUUCAUAG